AUGCUCAGUCCGGCCGCUACACUUUCUCUGACGGAGGUGAGCAACCUUGAUCUUCUGGCAAAACUCGGCAACUCUUGUCAUGUCUUCACUGCUGCCAAUCCAAACUCACCUGGUCUCGCCCUAGCUAGCUUCUGGGCCAAAUAUCCCUCUCCGUUUACAACUCGAUACGCCCCGGUCUCCCCGAAGGCUAUUCAGAAAGAGUUCUCGAAAUAUGUAUGGAAUAUGUGGAAUAAGGAGUGGGUGUCAUUGUCAACCAACUUGAGCGUAAAAGCCUUCUUCCCUGAUGUGUACUCCGCCAACAGGCUCCUCAAAGUAAAAACUAGUGCAAUCUCUACCCAGCUACUCACAGGCCACUGCCCCCUAAAUGCUCACCAACAUCGGCCUCUUGAAGCAUAUCUUAUUUGCUGUGUUCCGGUGGCUAGGAAUGGGGUCCGGGAGCGCGCGUUCCCGUUGGCCACCUAUCCAGCCACCGGAGACUAUGGUCUCACUGCCUGCGUGAGGGCUCUCUUGGACAGACUAGCGCUUUCCUCGGAGACGCCCUCUGCUCGCUUCUCGUGA